AUGUCUUUGUCUUUCUUUUACCUACUUAUAUUCUCAGAGUCUGACAACACCAGUCGUUCUCUGGACUGCAUCUACCUGUUCUCUGCGAACAUCAAAAAAUCAGUAACCAAAUAUUUGGGAACAGAAGCACAUCUCUCUUCUAUCCCUUUGUUUUCAAGUGGAAAAACAAAUGAUAUCGAUCCCAUAUUUUUUAAAUGGUACAUGCAAUUAACUAAUUUUAAAUUUGAAGACAAUAGCGGCAAAUGGAUGGAGUUGCAAAAGGCUACUAUAGCUAUAUUGGGUGAAGCAAUAACAAAAUAUGACAAAGUAGUGGUUCAAAUCGCCAAUUUGCUCCAUACAGUGUUUGUAUCUAUUUUUUGUCAUUGCUUUAGAACACCGCGCUUGCUAAUUAAUUCCAAUAAAUCAAAUUUUGAGGACACGCAUAUCCAUAACUUUGUUUCUUAUAUCAUCAAACUGCUUUUUGGAAUCGAGGACAUCUUGAAUCAUCAAUGGGCAAACGGUAGACUAAACCAAGUUGAUCAAAAUGGAAAAUUUAAACCUAAUUAUAUUGCAUACGUGAAGACUCGGAGCAUCCGACAUAAUCUUACCAUUGCCGAGGUUAAACCCACUGACGCAAGUUCGGGAAAGCCCCUAAGAUAUAUAAAGGUGGGGCACGACGUAUCCAGGUAUGAAGCUCACGCCAUAAUUUGUGGUCCAGUAAAAUCAAAACAUCGUCUCCCACCAGAAAAUGUCGUCCCCCUAGGAUUAGCGCUCUCGGUAUCUCUACUUGUCCCAUUAUUGAGAUACUAA